UCAAGAAAGUAUUGAAUCGUUUUAAACUAGAAAAAAAAAAAAAUUAAGAGUCAUGCCAACAAACUAUCAAUCUGAUUCAGAGGACCAAGCUUUUUCAUUGGGAAGAUUGUUUGGUCGUGAAAAGCCUUUGCAUCAGGUCUUCGGAGGAGGAAAAGUUGCUGAUAUACUAUUAUGGAAGGACAAGAAACUAUCAGCUACAAUCCUGAUUGGAUUCACGAUUAUAUGGUUUCUUAUUGAAGUUGUGGAGUACCAUUUUGUUACACUUCUUUGUCACAGCCUCAUCCUCGCAAUGCUCAUUAAUUUCAUCUGGACUAACGUGUCAAGACUAAUGGACUGGACUCCACCCUAUAUCCCUGAUAUUAGACUUUCGACAGAAUCGACAUUUAGAUACUUCAUAGCAAAACUGAAUUGGUUCUCGUACAAAUUCUACGAAAUUUCAAGUGGGAAAGAUUUCAUAUACUUGAUUGUGGCAAUCGCUAGCCUUUGGAUCUUGUCUGUUAUUGGGACUUAUAUGAGCUCUUUGAAUCUUCUAUAUAUUGUCUUUCUCUGCGCACACACACUACCUGUUUUUUACGAAAGAUAUGAAAAGGAGGUGGAUUAUUUUGCUAACAGAAGCAACCGAGACUUGAAGAAAUUCUACAGGAAAUUUGAUUCGAAAGUUCUUAACAAGAUUCCAAGGGGACCAGUGAAAGAUAGGAAAUACAAAUAAGUACUAAAAAGUUGUGAAUUUGAAGAUAAUUUGUAAAAUGAGUGUGAAAAUUCAGGAGAAACAUCUGUAAAAAAAUUUAUGUGAUGCUUAGUAUAAAAAAAUAUUAAAUAAAUAUA